AUGCCUCCAGUUAAUAAGUCCCAACUAAUGAGAUGUGAUCUGGAGAGCCGUGGAGGCCUUGAACAGCAACUGCUUUUUUCCCAGCCUCCAUCGACAGCUCUUGUUUUAGUCACGGAUGCUGACAAUGCUCCCGAUGACGGCGGGAAAGGCAUAAGGCCGAUUUAGCAAACUUAAAAAAAAAAUCUCUGUUUUAUUUUUUAUCUUUCGGUGCUGCAGCCGUUUUGAAAAAAAACACGUCCAUAUGUAGAUAACAUUAAAAUUAAAAAUGGAGCAGAAUUUUCAACAUUCUAAUUUAAAAAAAAAAGGCCUUGGUUUUAAAAAUUGAUAUUUUGUAAAGAAGUCUAAAAUUUCUCAAAAUGAAGCUCAUUGUAGAAUGUAUGAAACUUAGGAUUGACUUAUAAUUCUUUCAAACUGUGUCGAAACCGAGCAUUCUGGCGUUUUGAACCCACUGCAAUCCUUUUUUUUCCAGAACCAAACAAAUAUGCUUUGCAAACAUUUAUUUAUUUGCAACUUUUUAAUUGCGAAAAACUGGCUUAUGGACUAACCAGUUUUCAACAAUUCGAAAAUUUGUGAAUGUUAAUUAAAAAUAAAAACGACUGACCCAGCAAACAAAAACAAGGAAAACGGGAAAAACAGUGACUUUCUAAUGGCAAUUGGACGAAACAUUCAGUACGGGCACUGAUUUCGAAAUGCUAAAAAAUAUUUGAAAUUCGAAUCCAAUCAAAGGCUAAUUGAUAAUUAAAUCCCAAUAUAUGCUAGAAUGCUUCGGUAUCACGACACAAUAUCAUCGAUUUGAGCAUUGAAAGUGCAAUAAAAUUUUUAUUGGUGC